UUGUCCGGUGUUUGCGCCCUGUAUCCGGCUCCAUGAAGAGCCUCAGCAGCAGCAGCCGCUCGCUCUGGGUAGGAGGAGAAGUCCUUCACUUUCACAGCAUACGCUUUACAGUUUAACACAUUGUACUUAGAUGUUUUUGUUUGUUUGUGAUUUUUGAUAACUGGUCCCAGCAGAGAUAUAGAUUAUUCACAGCUGAAUAACUAAUUUAAGGGAUUAAGUGUUUCAAACUAUCCAAAAAGAUUAACCAACAUCUCUCAGCCCUGGUACACACUGGUCAAAAGGUCGGUCUACACCUGCACCUGCAUGAGAGACAUUUACUUCACUGACCAGCAGGCGGCGGUAUUUUGUAUUUGUUAUUGGAAAAGGGAACCUGAGUUAUAGUCGUAUUCAAGUCAAAAUGAUAGGUUAGUCUAAAUUAGGUUAGUAAGGUAAUCAUAAGAAUGAGCGUUUUUAUCUGCUCUUGUCUCUUGAUUGGCUGGACCUAAACUAACUAUUACAGUCAUCUCUUAUUGACAUGCACAGCAAUGCUUUGAUGAAAUCAUUGGAACAUAAACUGCACUGAGUGCAUUACAUGUAGGAGGUUAAUGUGGGCAGCAGGUCUACGAUAGACUUGAAAUGAAAUUGUACCGAUACAAGACUCUGGGCAUGGACAAUGAUGACCAGCGAGUGACCAGAGAGUACAAAAUACAAUGGUGUAUGAGGGGCCUACACAGCAUGUAAUGAAUCUUAGCACACCAUGAUAGACAGCAUCCAAACAAGAGAAGAGACUGAGCAGAGGCAUUUAUGUCAAUUAUAUCUCCAUAAUCAAGAAGAGGCAAGAAGGUGGCAGCAACAAGCCGAUUCCUAGCGUUCACAGAAAAACAGGAUUUGUUUCUGAACAAGAAACCCAAUUUUAGUUUCUUUAAAAGACAUGGAAAUGUCGCUGGGUGACAUGAGAUCUAUGCGAUCCAUGAGAUCAUGAGAAACAACACUAUACUGAGAAGCACAGAGAGAGAGUUGCGUGAACUCAUUUGACAAUGGUUUGAAAAGCAAUAGACGUUUGUGAAGAUUUAAAAGUUAUGCACUGCAGUUUUGAGUUAAAAGGAUUAACCUCCCAAAUGAACUUGAAGACAUUGUCCAUCUAUCCAUCUUCUACCGCUUUAUCCUUCACAUGAGGGUCGCGGGGGUUGCUGUGCCAAUCUCAGCUGACAUAAGGUGAAAGGCGGGGGUACAUCCUGGACAGAUCGCCAGUUUGAGGACUUUGUUGUGUAGAUCUUUUUUUCGGAUUUUGCAUUUGUUUCUACUCCACAACUGACCACAUGUCUCCACAGGUAAACUCUGCUGCCUGGAAUAAGAGACACAUGUCCACUCAUGCUGUAAGUUGCAGAAUGAGGAAGCACACAGUGAUUUCCUCACCUCAGGAACUCUUUCACCAGAUGCACAGUCCGUCCCCUGACUUGACCCUUUAACCCCACUGUUUCAACUAACAUCCCAAAUGUCAAAUGUCUUUAUCGCAUAUAUGUCUUUGUCCUACUAACUUCACUGUUGUCUCUCCUUUAUUCUGCAUCUUCUCUCCAUCCACCCACGGCAGAUCAUACCACCCCCUGCGAAGUAUGGAGGCAGACACACUGUGACUCUGAUUCCUGGAGAUGGUGUUGGACCAGAGCUGGCCGACCAUGUGCAAAAACUAUUCAGGUUCUGCUGCGUUCCAGUCGACUUUGAGGUCGUCACCGUGGACUCAACCAUGGCCUCAGAAGAUGACAUCAGUAACGCCAUAGUGGCCGUCAGACGCAAUGGUGUUGCACUCAAAGGCAACAUCGACACCAACCACAACUUGCCACCUUCUCACAAGUCCCGGAACAACUUACUGCGCACUCGUCUGGAUCUCUAUGCCAAUGUGGUGCACUGCCUGUCUGUGCCUGGAGUGAGGACACGUCACCGAAACGUCGACAUUAUGAUCAUCAGGGAGAACACGGAGGGCGAGUACAGCAGUCUGGAGCAUGAGAAUAUACCAGGGGUUGUUGAAUGUCUGAAGAUCAUCACCAGGAAAAAAUCUUUGCGCAUCGCGGACUAUGCAUUCAGAACGGCUCGGGAGAAAGGACGCAGACGAGUCACCGCUGUACACAAAGCUAACAUCAUAAAGUUGGGUGACGGCCUCUUCCUGGAGUGCUGUAAGGAGGUGGCCAGCGGUUACCCUGAAAUCAGCUUCGACACUAUGAUUGUAGACAACACAACUAUGCAGCUUGUUUCCAGGCCACAGCAGUUCGACGUCAUGAUCAUGCCAAACCUGUACGGAAACGUUGUGAGCAACGUGUGUGCCGGGCUGGUCGGAGGAUCGGGCCUGGUGCCCGGGGCAAACUAUGCAGAAGACUAUGCUGUGUUUGAGAUGGGAACCAGGAACACAGGGAAGAGCAUCGCUAACUGCAACACAGCAAAUCCCACGGCCAUGCUGCUGGCCUCGUGCCUGCUGCUCGACCACCUGAAGCUCCACGCCUAUGCCAGCAUGAUCCGCGGAGCCGUCCUCAGCACCAUCACAGACACUCAGCUGCACACUGCUGACCUGGGAGGCAAAGGUUCCACCUCUGACGUGGUUCAGUCCAUCAUGAGUGCCAUUCAGAGCACCGGGCCGCACACGCUCGGCGCUUACAGCAAACACAUACUGUAAUUUUGUUAUGCUGUCAAUCAACAGUAAUGAUUGCACUGUAAUAACUAAUAUCAGUCUGUAGAUUCACUAUAAAUGACUGUGUCCUAAUACCGUAUUUUAACAUGACUUUUUUUCUUUUCUGUAAUUCAUAUUUAGACCAUAUUUAGACCACAUAACAGGAUUUCCUCGUACAGUAACUGCCACAAUAAAAUACAAUACAGUGUUAUAUUGUGAA